AUGAGUAGCGCUCUUUGGACUAGCAUCAGCGGCUAUAUCACGGAUUUCAUCCAAUUCAAACUCGCCCCACACAAGGGGUUGCCCGUCCUGCUUGAGAAGGAUGCCCGCGUGAAGGUUGUAGCCGCUUUCGGAAUGGCUUUCCUUCGCAACAAGAAUGGCGCGGCAGUCGAACAGUUCCUUAAGCCGGUCCCUCACCCACUCAGGAUUUGCGGUUGGUCUGCCCUCCGCGUGACUGAGUGUUUAAAAUCUCAUAGAACUUUGUCCACACAGGCAAGCGACAGAUUCAACAUCAAUUCUCAGCUAGAGCAUCUUCAAACUAAAUAUGUUGGAACAGGGCAUGCGGACUUAAAUAGAUUUGAAUGGGGUGUGAAUAUCCAACGCGACAGUUAUGCAUCAUACAUUGGCCACUACCCUAUCUUGGCCUAUUUUUCUGUUGCUGAAAAUGAAUCCAUUGGAAGACAACGCUACAAUUUUAUGCAAAAAAUGUUGUUGCCUUGUGGUCUUCCUCCAGAGAGAGAAGAAGAUUGAAGUCCUGUGUUACUUGUGGCUGCUUCCUUGUAUUUUUAUUUAUACUGUUGUGUAGAACUCUGUAUGCGUGUUGAACUGAGAUCAUCUGUAAUGGAUUUGAAGUUUGCUGGCUACAGAUGGUAAACACUUGUUUAACUA